AUGGCCUCGAACGGGCAACUACUCGCGCAUCGCAACUACUACGGGACGACCGGCUAUGGCUCACCACCGCCAUUCGAUACAUCACGGCCCAAGCUGAAGCCAGCAGAGCGAGAGCUGGCAGACUUCACGCUUCUCGAAGCCCUCGACCGCGACGACCGCCCUACCUUCGCCGUCGAAACACGCUCGUCCCUAGGCCACGAUGAAGCCCACACCAUAGAACUCGUGUAUGCGAACACGGCGCUUCACACCGUUGGCGGGCUUAUGACCAAGAUCACAGGCGACGAGUCGACUAGCUUGUUCGCGCAGAGCUCGGGACCACAACUUGCCUUCCGGAAUUGGAUUCGUGGGCAAGGGAUUGAGGAGGAGCUGCAACAACACGGCAAUACAUACACAUUCGAAGGGCACGUGUGGAAUGCGACAAGUGUGGGGCGCUACAAGAUUGUCAGCGGCGUGCCGACGCGACUGCUGUGGGUCGACGCCGCCCCAGGAGGAAAGAGCCACCGCACCCUCCGACGCGAGCGGAAAACACCUUGGCCUGGGAGCAAGCAUCGCGCGGAUGCACUACCCAUCAAGCCCCAGCUGUCGCUUGCUCAGAUACCGCAAACACCCGAGGCCGACACCAGCUCUUCUGCAGACCGAAGCGCAGCACCGCACGCGUCCUUCGACUGUACUUCCGAUGUACUCACUUCUACCAGCCCGCACAUCGAGUACUUCCGCAGUGUAGAUUGGGCAAAUACACCCCUGGGUCCAAUGAGUUCAUGGCCUAGUGAUCUGCGUUGCGUAGCGAACACAGUACUCAGUAACAAUGUGCCAGCCGUUAUGUUCUGGGGCGACGAUGUCAUCAUGUUGUACAACGAACCAUAUGUCCAACUCCUUGGCAGCCUCCAUCCUUGCAUGGGCGAAAGUGUCCGCGUCACGGCGCCUGAUCACUGGGUCUCGUUUCAACCUCUGGUAGACUACAUCAAGUCAACUGGCGAAUCAAUAGCCGAGCCUGACAUGCUUCUAUUCAUUGACAGAGACAAGAUCCUUGAAGAGACACACUGGUCUUUUCAAUUCGUCCCGAUAUUGAACACCGACGGCCAAGUGGCAGCCUACUACCAGUCCUUCUACGAAGUUUCCAACCACCGUAUCCUCGAGCGCCGCGUCUCUAGUCUGGUCGCAAUGGGAACCCAGAGUGCGAAUGCCAGAGAUUUCCCGUCAUUUUGGGAGACUACAUUGCGCUCACUGAGCUUGAACGAUAAGGAUGUGCCAUUUGCGUUGUUGUAUGCUGCCGAGCGGCAUGUUAGCGCUCAAAUACCUUCAGUAUCAUCACCCGGUAGCAUUCCUCCGUUAGAAGGCUGCGUUCUCAAGGGUACCAUUGGCGUUUCCGCUGACCAUUCCAUCGCCCCCGCGACCAUCAAUAUCAACGAAGACUCUUACAUCCUCCAGCCGUUCCUAAGUCGCGCCGCCAAGUCCGGGAAAGCGACCGUUGUUCACGUCGAGGACCUUCCCGAUCCAACAAGGGCCUUGCAAGGCAUCGACUGGAAAGGGUAUGGUGACCCUUGUCGAACCUUAGUCAUCUGUCCAAUAAUACCCACCACUGGAAAUCAGGUAGAAGGCUUCCUCAUAAUCGGCAUAAAUCCGCGCCGCCCCUUCGACGAAGAGUACCAGCAAUACCUGCAUGUCAUGGUGCGGUUGCUGGCUACGUCUCUUGCUUCCAUCGUUCUUUUUGAAGACGAAGUCCGACAAAGAGAAAACGCCAUCAUCCAGGCUGCCCAGAUCCAAGAACAUCUGAUGGCGGAAAUACAACUCAAAGAAAGCAAGUUUCAGCGCUUCGCGGAACGAUCCGACGUAGGCAUCUUUAUUAUUGAUCCGGCAGGAACUUACACUUACCGUAAUCAACGAUGGCAUGAUAUAUUUGAGAUCGCAUCCUCUGAUGACAACGCCACCGUGGCAUGGCAUAAAAUCGCGUUCGAAGAGGACAUCUCUUACUGCCAAUCCAUGUUCGCAAAACUAAUCAUGAAUCACGAAUCUGUUAUCUUUGAGCUGCGUACGCGGAUGCCCUGGACGCCGCCGUCACAGUCAGAUGAGCCGCAGACCGAGGAUACCCAGCACUACAAGUGGAUUUUGUGUUCAGCCUUCCCCGAGUUGGGUCCGAACGGCGAUCUUGUUGAGGUCGUCGGGAAUGUUACAGAUAUAUCCAAGCAGAAGUGGGCUGAAGGCAUUCAAAAGAUACGCAUGGACAGCGCACUGCAAGGCAAGCAACACUUGGAACACUUUCUGGACACGACGAGUCAUGAGAUGCGAAACCCUCUCAGCGCCAUCAUGCAAUGCGCGGAUUCGAUCACGUCUUCCUAUCCCCAAGAAGAUUACCAAGAGCGCCAAAACACCACACCAAACGAGUGGACGGCUUUCAUCGAGUCUACCCUAGACGCUGCCCAGACGAUAGGAGUUUGCGCAUCGCACAUGAAGCACAUAGUCGACGAUAUCCUCACCAUCUCCAAACUCGAUUCGGGUCUCUUGGACAUGACACCGGUCAUUGCGCAACCCGAGAGUGUGGUCAUGCAUGCAGUGAAGAUGUUCGACGCAGAAGCAAGAGCAGCAGGUAUCAACCUCGUGUUGAACGUGGAUCAAUCCUAUCGCAACAUGGAGAUCGACUGGGCAUCUUUGGAUCCAACAAGGGUGCUGCAGAUUCUCAUCAACCUCCUCACCAAUGCCAUUAAGUUCACCCGCUUGGAGUCCACCAAGCGUGUAACAGUGACUCUGGCCGCCAGUAGCGCUGAACCCGUCUCAACGCUACAUGGAAUACAGUAUAACGAGGAGAGGCUGGUUGGACAAGACCCCCACUUGGAAGAGGAUUGGAAGAAAGCUCAAGAGUUAUUCUACAUUCAAUUCGCCGUCACUGAUACGGGCCGUGGACUUUCCGACGAAGAAAAAUGCAAUCUCUUCACCCGCUUUUCACAAGCCUCACCUCGGACGCACAUACACUACGGUGGCUCUGGCCUUGGGUUAUUCAUAUCUAGACGUCUCACCGAGUUACAAGGCGGAUCAAUCGGCGUUGCGAGCGAGUCUGGAAGAGGCAGCACGUUUGCUUUCUACAUCAAAUCACGACGGGCGAGACCUAUUGUAGCUCGGAAAGGCAGUCUCCCUCAUGUUUUCCCAGAAGAGAUCAAGCACAGACGCCCGAUACCGCUCGUAAGCCUAACGCGUCCGUCUCCUCCCGUGCGCAUAUCCACAGGCGAGCAAGGUCAAAGAUCAGACUCUGCCAGUCCAAAAGCACGCCGCCCGUCAGUGCAGUCAAAAUCCUCGCAGACCGAACACUCUCACGUUCGACCGGAAGCGCUAGGACUACCAGAGGGCCCCGAUCUGCAAGAAUUGAAGCGUACAAAAAGUAUACCAGAUACGCUGCAUGUCCUUGUGGUAGAAGAUAAUCUCAUAAACCAGCGCGUUCUCGCCAAACAACUGCGCAAUCUGGGAUGUGUCGUGAGCGUCGCCAAUCACGGUCAAGAAGCCCUUGACUUCCUACCAAAGACCAGUCUGUGGAAACACGAUCAAGCUACUGGCGACGCGAUCGCGCAAGAGGCCCUCCAUAAUGGCGAACUGCCCAUCGAACUCAGCCUCAUCCUCAUGGAUUGGGAGAUGCCCAUCAUGAACGGACUCACGGCCGUAGCCGAAAUCCGGAAGCUUGAGCAACAGGGCUUGUUGAAGGAGCGGGUGCCAAUCAUCGGGGUCACAGCCAACGUGCGCCAGCAGCAGAUCGAGCAAGCCAUGGCUGCGGGAAUGGACGAUGUUGUUGAAUACGGCCCAAUCGUGCGCACAGCACCGGACGAAGUGCACGUCAGCGACCCCAGUGCUAUUCCUAUCCUAUAUCCUACACAGCAGCCGCUUGAAAAGACCGAUUGGUACCUCACCUAUAGAGCGGUGAACCUAGGGCCCAGCCCCGACUUAUUCACAGAUGACAAUGAGAAACAUCAUGCAGCUCACCGACGGACCGUCGGCUCUGUGUACACACUAAGCAGCAUAUUGAAGAACGAGCGGGCCGUGGACGAACUGAUGACAUUGUUCGGGAAAAGGCUCGGUAGAUUUGCAGACCGUGAGGAAGAUGUUGAUUUUGGGUUAUGGCUGGAGAUGUUCUCCUUCGACAGCGUAGGCGCCGUAUUCUUCGGCCAGCCCUUCGGCUUCCUGGAAACGAGUUCAGACUAUGGGAACUACAUCGCCGCCGUACACACCGCUAUGCCGAUGAGCUCCGUCAUCGCGAUGGCGCCGCUGUGGUGCCGCGGGUACCUCCUCCAGAUCGGCGUCAUGAUCCCAAAAGUCUUCAAAGCCAUCAUGGCUGUAGAUGGAAUCGGGCAGACUGCUGUUCGCGAAACUGGUAUUGCGCAGGAGAAAAGGGCGGAAGCGAAUACGCAUCGUACGGAUGUUCUGUCGCAGUUAUUAGGGAUUAUGAGGGAGAAGGGAGGCAGUCUGUCGAUCGAGAAGAUUCAUGUUGAGAUGUGGGCGGCUGUUAUCGCCGGCUCAGACAGUACCUCCGGCGCUCUCCGCGCAAUCUUCUACUUCCUCAUGAAACAUCCCCCCAAGAUGGAACGACUAACCCAGGAGAUCGACGCUGCCUUUCAGAACAGCACGCUCACCAGUCCCGUACAAUACAACCAAGCCACCAAGCUACCCUACCUCAUGGCCGUCAUCCAAGAGUCGCUAAGACUCUUCCCGCCGUUUGGCGUGUCGAUGCCGCGAUAUGUGCCGAACGGUGGUCUGCAUCUCUUCAGCUAUCACAUCCCUGCUGGCUUCAAGAUCGGUAUGAAUGCCAUGGUUACGCAAUUCGACGAAUCGGUCUUUGGCGAGGAUGCGCGUGAGUUCCGUCCGGAGCGAUGGCUCGUCAACGACGAAAGCUAUGCUGGUGUUUGGCGCGGGUACUAG